GUGCAGUGCCGAAGAAUGUCGAGGAGGUGCUCGGGCUCUGUUCAAGUUGUUCGGCUGGUCUCGUUUGGUCGGGUACUAACACGCAACGCCGUUUCGUGGCGGGUUUACCACACAGCCGGCGAGGAUGAUAAAAGUCAGUUGUCAUUGCGACUGAUCAGUUGCUGUUCACAACUUGGAACGCACGCUAGUGUUCUUCAUCCAAGGAAGCUUCUAGCCACGCUGGCUCUCUCCUUAAGAAGGUACUGCUGCAAGAAACAAUUCGACGACGACAACAUGUCCGCUUCUAAGCGUGAUCCUGCUUCCGAGCAGCUGAACGACUACAAAAGGAACGUGAAGGGCGAAAGUCCGACGGUGCUGUUAACCGGAAAUGGGGCGCCCAUCGCUGAGAAGAAGGCCAGCUUAACGGUGGGCCCGCGCGGCCCGGUGCUGCUUCAAGAUUUCGUCUACCUCGAUGAGAUAUCACAUUUCAACAGAGAAAGGAUACCGGAGCGGGUGGUGCACGCGAAAGGAGCCGGUGCGUUCGGUUAUUUCGAAGUCACCCACGACAUCACAAAAUAUACCAAGGCGAAGGUGUUCUCCCGUAUCGGGAAACGUACGCCUAUCGCCGCAAGAUUUUCCAGUGUGGGCGGAGAGUCUGGUUCAGCGGAUACUGUCAGGGACCCGCGUGGUUUCGCGGUUAAAUUUUACACCGAGGAGGGUAUCUGGGACCUGGUUGGCAAUAACACGCCCAUCUUCUUCAUUAAGGACCCGCUGUUCUUCCCCAGCUUCAUUCACACGCAGAAGAGGAACCCUACUACUCAUCUGAAGGACGCGGACAUGUUCUGGGAUUUCAUUUCUUUAAGACCAGAGACGACACACCAGGUCAUGUUCCUGUUUUCUGAUCGCGGUAUUCCAGACGGUCAUCGUCACAUGAACGGCUACGGUUCUCAUACGUUCAAGCUGGUCAACGCCAACAACGAGAUGGUCUACUGUAAAUUCCACUACAAGACUGAUCAAGGGAUCAGGAACCUGCAGGUCGACAAGGCGGCGCAACUGGCUUCGUCCGAUCCCGAUUACUCUAUAAGAGAUCUCUACAAUGCGAUCGCUAGUGGCCGAUGCCCGUCCUGGUCGUUCUACAUUCAAGUUAUGACUCCGAACCAGGCGAAAUCCUUCAGAUGGAAUCCGUUCGACUUAACCAAGGUAUGGCCGCACAAGGAAUUCCCGCUCAUCCCUGUUGGUAAGCUGGUGUUGGACCGAAAUCCUGAAAAUUACUUCGCUGACGUGGAGCAAAUGGCCUUCGAUCCAGCUCACAUGGUACCCGGUAUUGAACCGAGCCCUGACAAAAUGCUACAGGGCCGUCUAUUCGCUUACGGCGACACUCACAGGCAUCGCCUUGGUCCGAAUCAUCUCCAAUUGCCAGUGAACUGUCCAUACAAAGCGAUCGCGGCGAUGAACUACCAACGCGACGGGCUGAUGGCUCUGUACAACCAGGGCGGUGCACCGAAUUACUACCCUAACAGCUUCAGCGGACCGAAAGAGUGUCCGGCAGUUCGUUCGCCGCCGUUCUACGUGAGCGGCGACGUAGACCGCUACGAGCCGGAGAACGAGGACGAUUUCGGUCAGGUGACCACCUUCUGGAGAGAAGUUUUGGACGCGGACGCGAAGAAUAGGUUGGUGAACAACAUCGUAUCCAACCUCCGCAACGCGUCCACGUUCAUCGCCGAGAGAGCGGUGAAGAAUUUCUCCGAAGUGGACGUGGAGCUCGGCAGAAGGUUAACCGAAGGUCUUCGCAAAGCUGGAGUGAGGAUCAACGUAUUCGGCAAGACCGCAAGCUUGUGAAGAGUAGGGUUAUUCGGAUUAUUUCCUUUUUGUAUUGUAUCGUCGAUAGAUUUCUCACGUCUUGGAAUUAUCGCUGUCUCGUUUGACGAGCCAGCUUGCAUACACCAUGUAAUUUUGUUAAUAUAUUUCACAUGAAUAAAUGGAAUCAUUAUUUUCGUUAGUUGGCCGUUUCAUUGUUUGUAGAUUUUAGUUUAGUUUUUUAAGUUCUGAUUAUCUGGUGUGAAAAAGAGCAUCAUAUGUUCCCUUGAUUGUAUACUUUCGAAAUGGAUGCUUUACGUAGGGUAUAUUGUGUGAUAUUCUUUCGUGUCGCUAAUGAGUGGUUUUGAAGUUUUAAGAGAAUUCUAUAAAAUAUUUUGUAAGUAUGUAAUGUUUGAGAAAGUUUUUUAUAGACUCUUUUAUCGAAAUUCUGUUAGGCGAAAGAUAUAAUGGAAAGUAUGUGUUAACACUGUUCGACGUGAUUCUUCAAAGACCUUCAAAGUUCCACAAAAUCGAAGCAAUUUAUUUAACCCCUUGUUCUACAAUAUCGUGUUAGACUCGUGGUGAAGAUUUCAAAUAGAAUUUACCAAACAUGAAUAUUAUUCAAUUUGUGUGAAUGCGAAUUACAUAUUAUUCUUUUCUUAUCAAUGAUUAUACCUUAGAGCAUACGUUGACAUAAAAUAAGACUGGAAUUUUCUCUUAUUUUCAAUAAAUUGUUAAUAACAAAGUAGCUAGAUCAAUUACAGUUCAGACAGAAAUCAUAUAGCAAGGGGUUAAUUUGUUUGCACUUCACAGAUCCUAAUUAAGUUUAAUUCACACAAUAAAUAGAUUAUUCGUGUAUAAUUCUAAAGGGAAAACUGUGUCCUUCAUAUGUGUAUGUAUAACUAUUAAUUAAGCUGUUAAUUGUGAUUAUAGUAUUCACAUUCCACUGUUCUAAGGAUUUUAAUAUUUUGGAGGUAUUGAAUUUAUGUAUAAUUUCAAGUACUCGACUAAUUUUAAAUAGAAUUCAUUUGACUAAUUAUUUGAAGUAAAUAUUUAUUCAAAGGGAAGAAUUCAACGGUAAAUAAACUUUUGUCACAUAUGAAUAUCUAAUUUAUCGAAAUUGA